CCAAAGAGGAAAGAACUUUUAGAAAUGAAAAGAAAAGAAAGAAUUGCCAGGCGCCUGGAAGGAAUUGAAACGGACACCCAGCCCAUCGUCUUUCAGAGCUGCACAGGGUUAGUGACCCACCGGCUGCUGGAGGAAGACACUCCCAGAUACAUGCGAGCCACAGACCCGGCCAGCCCACACACCGGCCGGUCAAAUGAAGAAGAAGACACUUCGGACUCCUCGGUGGAAAGGCAGACCCGCUCCAAACUCUGCACAGAGACGUCAGGCGUCCAUGCUGACUCAUCCUGUGGCUCCGCUCUCAUGGACACCCAGGCUCUUGAGUCCAAAGCGGAGAGAAUUGCGCGGUACAAGGCAGAGAGGAGACGGCAGCUGGCGGAGAAGUACGGGCUAGCACUGGAUUCCGAGGCCGACUCGGAAUCGCCGUCUCGGUACACCAAGUCCAGAAAGGACGCUGAUGCUGCCAACAGAAGGGGAGGGAAAGGUGACAGGCAGGCCGAGCCGGGCAGAGAUGCGAGCUCGCUGUACCCCAGGCCCUGCGUGGCCGAGUCCAAGGACUACGCCCUCCACGGGAGUGAUGGUCUUUCUGACGCCGAGGUGCUGCUCAACGUGGAAAACCAAAGACGGGGGCAGGAGCCCAGCGCCCCCGUGCAGGCCCGCGACCUGCCUCCCACGGCCGACGGGUCCUCAUCGUUCGCAUUGUCUGGGAGAGACUGCACCGCCUUCAGCGAAGUGCCAAGGUCCCCAAAGCAAAUACACGGCGUGCCACCCUCCUCCCCUAGCCACUCUGCUGGUGACCCUCCGCUCCCCGCUGAAGGGCGAACCAGUACCGGGAAACCCAAAUAUGAGUGGUUUCUCCAGAAAGAUUCCGAAGGGGACACACCUUCUCUUAUCAACUGGCCUUCCAGAGUUAAGGUUAGAGAAAAAUUGGUGAAAGAGGAGAGUGCUCGCAACAGCCCUGAACUUGCCUCAGAGCCCUUGACUCAGAGGAGACAUCAGCCAGUGCCUGUCCAGUGCUGGUCUUUUCAGUCUGAAAAUUCGGCCUUUGAUAGGGUCUCGAGCAAGGCAGCCUGCUCCGCACGACAGCCGAUCCGUGGUUACGUCCAACAGGUGGACCCCAUUCACACGACCAAGCUGGUGACCUCAGAGAUCCCAGAAAAUGUAUCUGAAUGCAGCUGGGGAGGGGCAGCCACCCAGAGUGUCAGAAAGCCUCCCAGCUUGAAGGUUCUAGAAAGUGAGAGAAGAGAUACUCCGGUUCUUCAUAUUUGUGAAUCAAAAGCAGAGGAAGAUGAUCUCUUUUCCGAAGCUCUCGAGACAAGCAGGAACACACUUUUGGCUUUGGAGGAUCACGGGCUUGCAAGAGGCCAUGAAGACCCCUCUGGAAAUGGAGACGUUGGCAAGCCCGUGGUUAGCACAGCCAACUUAGAGCGUCAGAUGGAACCAGAAAGCCUGUCACCCCCACCUCACAUUCAGCAACAACCCACUGAGAGAAUGGGCAGACAAGAAGUGGAUUUAUAUGUUCAGAGCGAGCCUGUGUCCCAAAAUGCCGGGGUGACGGGCCAUAAAAAGGAAAUGCUUACGAAGAAGCGCAAGGUCCUCACCCGCUCCCUGUCUGACUACACGGGCCCCCCUCAGCUGCAGGCCCUGAAAUGUAAGGACCCCGCUUCAGCGCCAGAGCAGGGGCCACAGAGUUCCAAAGCCGAAGGGCCCUCCACUGAAGUUGGCAUGCUGGACACAAAGGUCUCUGUCGCCCAGCUCCGAAAUGCGUUUCUGGAGUCUGUCAAUGCCAGCAAGAAACGCGAACUCCAACCCCGGGCUGAGAGGUCAGCUGAAGGAGCUGGCUUGCCUACCGGUGUGGAAUGGGAGAGAGGGUCCCGGAAACCAAGACGCUAUUUUUCUCCUGGUGAAAGUAGAAAAACUUCCGAGAGAUUUAGAACUCAACCUAUAACCUCAGCAGAACGAAAGGAAUCAGAUAGGUCCGCUUCGCAUUCAGAAUUGCCAACUGCUGAGGAUGAAGAAAAGGUAGAUGAACGAGCCAAGCUGAGUGUUGCUGCCAAGAGGCUGCUUUUCAGGGAAAUGGAAAAAUCAUUUGAUGAGAAAAAUGUUCCAAAGAGACGCUCAAGAAACCCGGCCGUGGAGCAAAGGCUGCGGCGGCUGCAGGACAGAUCCCACACCCAGCCUGUCACCACUGAGGAAGUGGCCAUCGCAGCCACAUUACAGGCAUCUGCUCACCACAAGGUGUUAGCCAGAGACCAGGCAAAUGAGGCCAAAGAGUCUACCGAACAAGGUGAACCUGAUUCCUCCACUCUAAGCUUAGCAGAGAAGUUGGCCUUGUUUAACAAAUUGUCCCAGCCAGUCUCAAAAGCUAUUUCUACCCGAAACAGAAUAGACAUGAGACAGAGGAGAAUGAAUGCACGCUAUCAAACGCAGCCGGUCACGCUCGGAGAGGUGGAACAGGUGCAAAGUGGAAAGCUCAUUCCUUUCUCACCUACUGUUAACACAUGUGUGUCCACCAUGGCAUCUACAGUCACUCCGAUGUACGCGGGGGAUCUUCGGACAAAGCCAUCUGGGGACGACAUCCCAAGUGCCACUGACUAUAAACUUCCAUCCUCAAUAGAAAACUCAGAAUCUCCGGUCAGAAGCAUUCUGAAGUCCCAAGCCUGGCAGCCUUCAGCAGAUGGUAGUGGGAGCAGAGGAAUGUUGAGAGAGUUUGGAGAGACAGAAAGCAAGAGAGUCCUGACAAGUGGUGAUGGUGGUAAAGUGUACGGGUCCUAUGAGGAAGCAGAGCCAUCGUGCUCUGCCGUUAACAGAGUCUGGGAAGGAGACAGCCAUAAGGAACCCAAGUAUGCUGUUCCGAGAAAGGGAAGCCUGGAAUUAGUUCAUCCCCCCAUGGCUCACCUUGGUGAUGAACUGAAGGAAUUUUCCAUGGCUAAAAGCAUCGCACAGGGGAGCCCAGACUUGAGGGACAGGCAGCCCUUUGAAGAGAAGGUGGAUGUGGAGAAUGUCACAAGAAGGAAGUUUUCACUAAGAGCAGCAGAGUUUGGAGAGCCCACUUCUGAGCAGCCGGGUACAGCUGCAGGGAAGACUGUUGCUCAGGCUACAACCCCUAUGUCCCGGAAGCAGCAAGAGCCUUCCGAGCAAGCACAGGAGAGGUACUCCAGGAGUCCGGGUGCAAUGUUUGCUGCCGGAGAGAUCAAAGCGCCAGCCGUGGAGGGCAUCCUCGAUUCAGCCAGCAAAACCAUGUCGAUUAAAGAAAGAUUAGCACUGUUGAGGAAAAGUGGUGAAGAAGAUUGGAAAAACAGACUUAGCAGAAAGCAGGAGUACGGCAAAGCAUCUAUCACCGGUGGCCUGCACGUACAAGAAACAGAACAGUCCCUCAAGAAGAAGCGGGUCACAGAAAGUCGAGAGAGCCAGAUGACUAUCGAAGAGAGGAAGCACCUCAUCACUGUGAGAGAAGAAGCCUGGAAGACCAAAGGCAAAGGAGCAGCCAAUGACUCCACCCAGUUCACUGUGGCUGGCAGGAUGGUGAAGAAAGGCUUGGCAUCCCCCGCCGCCAUAACUCCAGUGGCGUCUCCUAUCUGCAGUAAAACGAGGGGGACCACGCCAGUUUCUAAGCCCUUGGAAGAUAUCGAAGCCAGACCAGACAUGCAGUUGGAAUCGGACCUGAAGUUGGACAGGCUGGAAACCUUUCUAAGAAGGCUGAAUAACAAAGUUGGUGGGAUGCAGGAAACCAUACUCACGGUCACCGGUAAAUCUGUUAAAGAGGUGAUGAAGUUGGACGAUGACGAAACCUUUGCCAGAUUUUACCGCAGCAUGGACUACACCGUACCGAGGAGCCCUGUGGAGCUGGACGACGACUUCGAUGUCAUUUUCGACCCUUAUGCCCCUAAGUUGACCUCCUCUGUGGCAGAGCACAAGCGCGCGGUAAGGCCCAAGCGCCGGGUUCAGGCUUCCAAAAAUCCCUUGAAAAUGCUGGCAGCCAGGGAAGAUCUCCUCCAGGAGUACACGGAGCAGAGACUAAACGUUGCCUUCAUGGAGUCGAAGCGGAUGAAAGUAGAAAAGAUGUCCUCCAACUCCAACUUCUCAGAAGUCACCCUGGCAGGGUUAGCCAGUAAAGAAAACUUCAGCAACGUCAGCCUGCGGAGCGUCAACCUGACCGAACAGAAUUCUAACAACAGUGCAGUGCCCUACAAGAAGCUGAUGCUGUUGCAGAUUAAAGGAAGGAGACAUGUGCAGACACGACUGGUUGAACCGCGGGCUUCGUCACUCAACAGCGGGGACUGCUUCCUCCUGCUCUCUCCCCAUCACUGCUUCCUGUGGGUAGGAGAGUUUGCAAAUGUCAUAGAGAAGGCAAAGGCCUCAGAACUGGCGAGUUUAAUUCAGACAAAGAGGGAACUUGGCUGUAGAGCUACUUAUAUCCAAACUAUCGAAGAAGGAAUUAAUACACACACCCACGCAGCCAAAGACUUCUGGAAGCUUCUGGGUGGCCAAACCAGUUACCAGUCCGCCGGAGACCCAAAAGAAGAUGAACUUUAUGAGACAGCCAUAAUUGAAACAAACUGCAUUUACCGUCUGAUGGAUGACAAACUUGUUCCCGAUGAUGACUACUGGGGGAAAAUUCCAAAGUGCUCCCUUCUGCAGUCAAAAGAGGUACUGGUGUUUGAUUUCGGCAGUGAGGUGUAUGUGUGGCAUGGAAAAGAAGUCACGUUAGCACAAAGGAAAAUAGCUUUCCAGCUGGCAAAGCACUUAUGGAAUGGCACCUUUGAUUACGAGAACUGUGACAUCAACCCACUGGACCCUGGAGAGUGCAAUCCACUUAUUCCCAGAAAAGGACAGGGGCGGCCUGACUGGGCAAUAUUCGGGAGACUUACAGAACACAAUGAGACGAUUUUGUUCAAAGAGAAGUUUCUUGACUGGACCGAACUGAAGAGACCUAAUGAAAAGAACACCAGCGAACUUGCCCAGCAAAAGGAAGACCCUCGGGCAGAAGCCAAGCCGUACGAUGUGGCGCGGAUGGUGCCGGUGCCCCAGACUACAACCAGCACAGUGCUGGACGGGGUGAACAUUGGCCGUGGCUAUGGCCUGGUGGAAGGGGACGACAGGAGGCAGUUUGAGAUCGCCAGCGUCUCUGUGGACGUCUGGCACAUCCUAGAGUUUGACUACAGCAGGCUCCCGAAACAGAGCAUCGGGCAGUUCCACGAGGGAGAUGCCUAUGUGGUCAAGUGGAAGUACAUGGUGAGCACCGCAGUGGGAAGUCGACAAAAGGGAGAGCAUUCAGUAAGGGUGGCUGGCAAAGAGAAGUGUGUCUACUUCUUCUGGCAAGGUCGGCAGUCGACCGUGAGCGAGAAGGGCACGUCGGCUCUGAUGACGGUGGAGCUGGACGAAGAGAGGGGUGCCCAGGUCCAGGUUCUGCAGGGAAAGGAGCCCCCCUGCUUUCUGCAGUGUUUCCAGGGGGGAAUGGUGGUGCACUCGGGGAGGCGGGAAGAAGAGGAAGAGAAUGCACAGAGUGAGUGGAGGCUGUACUGUGUGCGCGGAGAAGUGCCAGUGGAAGGGAAUUUGCUGGAAGUGGCCUGUCACUGUAGUAGCCUGAGGUCCAGGACUUCCAUGGUGGUUCUCAACGUAAACAAAGCCCUCAUUUACUUGUGGCACGGAUGCAAAGCCCAAGCCCACACGAAGGAGGUCGGAAGGACCGCAGCAAAUAAAAUCAAAGAACAAUGUCCCCUGGAAGCCGGACUGCAUAGUAGCAGCAAAGUGACAAUCCAUGAGUGUGACGAAGGAUCCGAGCCCCUGGGAUUCUGGGACGCUUUAGGAAGGAGAGACCGGAAAGCCUACGACUGCAUGCUUCAAGAUCCUGGAAAUUUUAACUUCACACCCCGCCUGUUCAUCCUCAGCAGUUCCUCUGGUGAUUUCUCAGCCACAGAAUUCAUGUAUCCCGCCCGAGACCCCUCUGUGGUCAAUUCUAUGCCCUUCCUGCAGGAAGAUCUGUACAGUGCACCGCAGCCAGCACUAUUCCUUGUUGACAAUCACCAUGAGGUGUACCUCUGGCAGGGCUGGUGGCCCAUCGAGAACAAGAUCACGGGCUCUGCCCGCAUUCGCUGGGCCUCCGACCGGAAGAGCGCCAUGGAGACCGUGCUCCAUUACUGCAGAGGAAAAAAUAUCAAGAGGCCGCCCCCCAAGUCUUACCUUAUCCACGCUGGUCUGGAGCCCUUGACCUUCACCAAUAUGUUCCCCAGCUGGGAGCACAGAGAGGACAUCGCUGAAAUCACGGAAAUGGAUACAGAAGUUUCGAACCAGAUCACCCUCGUGGAAGAUGUCUUAGCCAAGCUCUGCAAAACCAUUUAUCCACUGGCCGAUCUGCUAGCCAGGCCACUGCCCGAGGGGGUUGAUCCCCUGAAGCUGGAGAUUUAUCUCACUGACGAAGACUUUGAGUUUGCACUAGACAUGACCAGAGACGAAUACAACGCACUGCCCGCCUGGAAGCAGGUGAACCUGAAGAAAGCAAAAGGUCUGUUCUGAGCAGGAGAGAUGCUAGAAGAAUCUGUCAUCACUUUCAGUUGGACCAGAAACAUGGCUAUUUUCUGGGGGGACUGGUAUUUAAAAAAAAAAAAAAAGAUUUUUUCAUUAGAGUUUUUAAAACCUGAAGUUACUAGCUCUACAGCGUGUCCUGGAUUUGUGUAUUUUGUAAAUGUUUCAGCGAACCCUUUGGAAACUCUUUCCAUGAUCCAGCAGGUCAUGAUAAUAAAGGUGUCCCUGUGUGCACUUACGUAGCUGUUUCCCAGCAGCUGCUGUUGCACUGCCUUCCCGUUCUAGCUGAGCAUUGCCUAUUUUUUUUUUU